GCGAUUAAACCUCAAUUAACAAAUCGACGAGCAACGCAACCCACCAAUUCCAAGGUUCCAGAAGUUGUUGCUACCGAAGACACAGACGAGAUCAUCUUAUCAAUGAUUUGGAACAAGAAUCACCUUGGCGCCGCAUAUUACAACAUAGCCACAUCUGAAUUAUUCGUAAUGGAGGACACUCCUGAAGAUAUCGAACGAUUCGACUUAUCGAGAGCUCUGUACAGGCAGUGCCAGCCACACUACUUGGUCACGAUCGCUGGCGCGCCACUUAUCUUCCUCAAUGCUGUAAAAAAGAUGUUGAUGGAAACAAUGAACAGCGAAAGGGAGUCUUUCAACUCGAACGAUCGCGUGCGCAACACCGUGUUGAAGUUGGUGGGCAAGAAGGAACACAAUUACGAACGAUGCGCUCACAGAGUAAGGUGUCUUCGAUUGGAGUUCGAGCCGAGGAACGCGAGCAACUCUGUCAGGCUUACUUUCUUAAACAGCAUGUUGAAUUUCAAAUGCCACGCCAUGAUUCACGCGCUGGGGUUGCUGUUGUUGUUCGUCGACAGGCACUGGAACAACAUCGCCCUGGAUCCAACUGGAAAACCAUCCUUUGUAGCGCUCAAUUACGUCAUGUUGCGCGACCUGGUCAUGUUGGACGACGACACUUACAAAGCGUUGAGCAUCGUCCAAGCCAGGGAUCACCCGAGCCUCUUUAAAUUUGGAAAAACGACCACAACAACGAAGGGAGCGAGUCUUUUCGCUCUAUUGAAUCGCUACUGCCACUCGAGACCUGGGUCACAGUUCCUAUGGAAAACGCUGCAGCAUCCAACGCGAAACCUCGAGGUGCUUCAAGAUCGGUUGGACGCGGUCGAAUUCUUCCUGAAUCCAGCCAAUCAAAGCGUGGUUGAGAAUUUGUCGUCCUGUUUGAAUCACGUGUACCGUUUGACGAAUGCCAUGCUGGCCUGGUGCUCCGGGCCACAGGCUAAAGCGUCGAAUUGGUACAAAUUGCACAAGGUAAUCAUAGCGCAAAGAAAUACACAUUUUCUGCAUAGUGGUAACAAAUUCAUUUAUUUCCAGACUGUCUCCCACGUAAUUUGCAUCGGCGACAUAUGCGAGAAUUACGCAGAGAGGAUCGGCAUUUGCAAACGAAUCGCUGAAAGCAUCACGAACGAAUCGCAAUACGUGAAAUACUUCAUCGAGUACAUAGUGGACUUCAGCGAAAGCAGGCGAGAAGGAAGACUCACGGUGAAACCAAACGUUGAUCCCUUGCUGGACGAAUUGAAUCACGUACGCCGCACUUUGCCCGAGCUGCUCACGCGAAUGGGAGAGAAGGACAUGCGAGAGCAUCUUCCAACAUCCGUCGAAAGUUGUAACAUGUUAUAUUUGCCAAACAUCGGCUACGUCUUGGCUGUGACCAAAUGGAAUCCAACUCCACCCGAUGACGUGGUGUUUCGAAAUUUAGAAUUUAAAUUUAGCAUAGACAACGUGAAUUACUACAAGAGCUCUUCAGCAAAAGAGCUGGACGAGACCGUGGGGGACAUCAUCUUGAAGAUAGCGAUUCGACAAAAUCACAUCGUGCAGAAACUGAUACGUUUCGUGAAGAAGCACAUCGCACAGAUUUUGCAAGGGGUCCAACUAUGUGCUGAACUGGACAUGCUGUUGGCGUUUUCGAAGGUGGCGCGUGAUUACAAUUACGUCAGGCCAAUGAUAACGGCGUCCAAGAUUAUAGAUGUACAGGAAGGUCGACAUCCGAUCCUGGAAUGUUUGACGACAUACGUCCCGAACGACAUUCGCUCUGGGAACGGUGGGAGCCUGAUCAAGGUUAUCACGGGCCCAAACUCCUGCGGCAAGAGCAUAUACCUUAAACAGAUAGGACUUGUGAUAUUCAUGGCUCACAUAGGAUCCUACGUCCCCGCAAAAUCGGCCACUAUAGGGAUGGUCUCCCAUAUCUUGACUCAAAUGUUGAACACGGAGAGCGUGGGACUGUAUGCCAGCUCGUUCUUGCAAAACCUGAGACAAAUCAAUGUAGCCAUUCGUGCAUCUACAUCGGAUAGCGUCGUGUUAACCGACGAAUUGGACAAAGGAACAUCCGAAAAUAGUGGAUGGCCGCUUGUUGCAGCCGUGUUGAAUUCAUUCGCCGAAAGGGGCAAUAACUGUCCUCAUGUGUUCGCCGUGACGCAUGCCCACAGUAUCCUGGAAUUUCUCCCUCGAACGCCACUGAUCGAACGUCAGACUUUCGAGUACAUAAUGAACGAAGACGAAACCGUGGCCUUCCUGUAUCGAAUGGUUAAUGGUAGCACGACGAGCAGCUUUGCUCACUAUGUGGCAAAAAUUGCAGAAUUGAACAAGGAUGUCGUGAAGCGUGGGUUCGAAGUGUUCGAGAAAAUUAAAGAGGGAUCUCUCCCAUCGUGUGUUAUCCAACGCUCGGACACGUUAAAACGGAUCGUUCGAUUAUCGAGAAAAACUACGAAUUGCAAUUUAGAAGAAUUGAAAUCGUUAGUGAAACUAGCUGUGCUUCCAAAAGUAACGAACAACGAGUAAAAACCCGAGGAGAUCGAAUCCGAUUGAGAGGACUUGAACAUUGACUUUUGUUUUGACAAAUAAAAUACUCAUUUAAUAACUCAAACUCCCCUCCUUUUAUUUUAUUUUAUUAUAAAUUUUUUUAUUUCGGGUAGGAGGGUAA